AUGGAGGACAGAUGGAUUCGCUUCACGGCCGUCGAUGAUGUAGGGGAGUUUGUUGAGAGAGCUUUGGACCUUAAGGACUGGCCGGAUCAGUUUUUGAUGUCUGGAAAAAAUACAUCCCGCAUGGAGCUCAUUGAGUUGUGUGAGAAGGUUAGAGGAAAACUUUUAAAAAUAGAACGCAUAUUCCUUGAAAAUUUGGAGAACAAAUUAGAUGAGGUGAAGAAAGCGAAUAACGCAAUAGACGUCUUCAAAUGGAGUACGCCUCCAUGUGUGUUGGGACGGCUACUUCGGAUGGGAUGA